GUGGCAGUAACGAGAAAGGAGAGGGAGAAGGGAGAAAGAAUAGAGUGAGGAUAAAGAAGGAGAACACAAAACCAUAGGGAAUGGAGUAGGGAAGCCAAAGGGAAACCUCAUCAACCUCAAAUAUAUGCUCUCUCAUUCCCAUUGCUCCAAUCGCAGCCGUUGAUUAUCCCAUCUUCAAACCUAGCAAAGCCAUGUCCUCCAACAUCAACGCCCAACCCUGUCCCCACUUGGCCGAGUUCCGCCGCAACUCCACCAAGCCAUUUCUCGCUCUCCACAGCUGCCUCCGGAUCAAGCCUCCCGGUGGUCGUGCCGCCCUCCGUCGCGAUCCCGCCGAGGUCCCUCGCUGUGCCGCCUGCGGCCUCACCGCUCCUUCCCGCCUCUACGCUUGCAUCACCUGUGCCGCCGUCUCCUGUCACUCUGUCGCCUCCGGCGACUCCUCCCAUGCCGCCGCGCACGCCGCAUCAAUGCCGCCCGGUCACCAGAUCGCCGUCGAUGUCGACCGUGCCGAGCUCUUCUGCUGCGCCUGCCGCGACCAGGUUUACGAUCGCGACUUUGACGCCGCCGUCGUGAUCGCGCAGACCGCCGCAUCAACCCUCGGCGGUGGAGGAUCGCCGGCGAUCCCAUCGCCGCAGCCGGAGAAUCUCCGGAAGCGGCGUAGGGUGGAUUACCGGCCUUGGGCGCCGGAUCUGCGCGAACGCGCUCUGAUCGGAAGUCGCUCUAGCCCGAUCGACGGCGCCGGCGCCGAUCCUCUGGAUUUGCCGCGCGGAUUGCGCGGGUUGAACAAUUUAGGUAACACGUGCUUCAUGAACUCGGUGUUGCAAGCGCUUCUUCACACGCCGCCGUUGAGGAAUUACUUCUUGAGUGAUAGACAUAACCGGUAUUUUUGUCAGAAAAGGAACAAUGGUGACGGUGACGGUGGCGGUGCUGGGAAGAGAAGUGGCGGCAACAAUGGGAACAAGAGUGGGCGAAUAUGCUUAGCUUGUGAUAUGGAUGCUAUGUUCUCUUCUGUGUUUUCGGGAGAUCGUUCACCCUAUAGCCCCGCAAGGUUCUUAUACAGUUGGUGGCAGCAUGCUGCGAACCUUGCUAGUUAUGAACAACAGGAUGCACAUGAAUUUUUCAUUUCCAUGCUCGAUGGAAUCCAUGAAAAGGUGGAGAGGGAUCGGCGUAAGCCACAUAGUGAAGGCAAUGGUGACUGUUGUAUUGCUCAUAGGGUGUUCUCCGGUAUCUUGCGAUCCGAUGUUAUGUGUAUGGCAUGUGGUUUCACAUCAACUACUUAUGACCCUUGCAUAGACAUCUCACUGGACUUGGAACCAAAUCAAGGGGGUUCUACCAAGUCGGCCACUGCAACACCCAAUCAUUCUUGCAAUGGUGAGCCUGAUUGCAUGAAUUCAAGCCAAAACUGUGGCAGUGGGACGUCUACCCUGAUGGGAUGCUUGAAGAGAUUUACCAGGGCAGAGAGAUUGGGAUCAGAUCAAAAAUUUUUCUGUCAGCAGUGUCAGGUGAGGCAGGAAACUCUGAAACAGAUGUCCAUAAGGAAGCUUCCCCUUGUUUCUUGCUUCCAUAUAAAAAGAUUUGAGCAUUCUUCAACAAGAAAGAUGUCAAGGAAGGUAGAUCGCUACCUGCAGUUCCCCUUUUCACUGGACAUGUCACCGUAUCUCUCAUCAACAAUCUUAAGGAGUCGGUUUGGGAACAGAAUCUUUCCUUUUGAUGGGGAUGAGCCUGAUGCGUCAAAUGAGUUGUGUUCAGAAUUUGAGUUGUUCGCUGUCGUCACUCACUCCGGUAAGUUAGAUGCUGGCCAUUAUGUUACUUAUCUGCGAUUAAGCAAUCGAUGGUUCAAGUGUGAUGAUGCUUGGGUUACUCAAGUUGACGAGAACAUUGUGAGGGCUGCACAGUGUUACAUGAUGUUCUAUGUACAGAAGAUGCUUUACUAUAAAGCGGGUUGAUAAACAGGUCGACUCAUGGUUGGCAUAAGAGAUGGUCCAAAUCAUUGGUAUGCCAUGGUUAAUAUCAAUUUUCAUUCCAAUGAUAUGCCAUGGCUUUUCCAUUUAUACAUGAGGAAACAAAAACAAAGGAAAAUAUAAUUUAUUCGCAUCACAACCAGCGAAUCUAUAAUUUCUUAAGGAGAUGAGAGUUAAUUUAUACUUUCAAGUUGGAGCAAGAAACAAGCCAGAAUUUUUGAGGCACUCCAACGUUCUGGAAACUUGAGGGUAUGGAUUCCUUAAAAGUUGUUUGCUUCUUUCCCUCCUAACUUCUGCUUUUCUUGCAGUUCUUCUCUUUAUAUUAGAUAGUUGCGGUCCCCCACUCCCUCUCCCCAGCGAUGCUUUGAAAGCCAGUGCUAUGGAGCUUUUAACAUCUUGCUUCAUACUUGAAUCACUAAUUCACAAAUUUG